ACUAACAGAUAAAAUGUUGUUUGGCGGUGCAGUGGUGGUGUGUGCUUUAGGUUUUCAUGUUAUAUUUGCUGGGGAACCGAAUUGUUUAUCCAGAUUCGAUUAUGACGAAAAGAUGUUACUGAAAUUGCUUCGCAUAGAAGAUAAGCUUGUACACAUUGAAACAUUUAUCCAAGAUUUAAAAGAAACGGAUCAGCAGCUUCAAAUGAAGAUGAACGUUUUGCAAAAAAAUAUGGCAACCACAGCAGAACAUAGCAACAAGACGGAGACUCUUUUAAAUGACAACAUUUCAAUAACUAACGCAUCGAUGAGCCUGUUACAGACGCAAAUGAAAGCUGUGACAAGUCCACCUAUCGCCUUUUUGGUGAGGAAUCCAACAUACGAAUCAGGCAAGGUUAUCUUCAGUAGUGAACUAUUAAACGAAGGAAAUGCUUUCACACCUGGGACUGGUGAGUUUUUGGCACAACUUUCGGGCCUCUACUAUUUUAGCUUCCAUCUGUUGGCAACGUCUUCAACCAAAUAUAUGUAUUGCAGUUUCUACAAGAAUGGUAACAAUCUUGAUGUAUAUGCACACGCAGAUGGCUCAACUUCUUCCAACGAUAGCGGCAGUAUGUCGGCAUUUAUCACCCUUAAAAAGGGGGAUGUUUUCCAUGUUGGAGGUUGCGCGGGAAGUCCAAGUGUAUCAUUCAGUGGUUGGUCAACAUUGACGGGCGCCUUGAUUAAACUUGUCUACGUGUAGCUUAUAACAGUUCAUUUCUCAGAAAUGUCAGUGUUAAUAGGUAGUGCUACGUUCGACCCGGCAAUUCUACAUCAUUGCAAGUAUGGUCAUCGUUCUUUGCCUUAAAACGUGUGGACGUUUUUAGACCUGAUAUCCCAAUGCCGCAGUAGAUGAUGCCACAAUACUGACAUGUGCUCUGAUUAUAGUUUAUACAGUGCAAAUAUCUCUGCGUUGGACUCGUUAAAAACAAUGGCAUUUCUAUACUUGUGGUUUAAUUGGAAAUCCAACUGGAACAUUCGAUUAGCAAGAAUAUUAAUUAAAGGUUAGCUUCUUUUAACCAACAACGGUACCCGUUUGUCAGAGUAUAUUUAUGUACUAAUGUGAUCAUAUGUGCCACCUUCGAUUCCGUCAUAAAAAUAACAAGCGCUCUUAUUACAUCUGACUGCCUUUAGCGUACAUGUCGCCGGAAUAGUUGGCUACAAUAUUUGGAGAAAAAGAUAACAUCAUUCUUAAUUAUUUAUUUAGUUUAACCUUUUUUAUGAUGCUUAAUAGGGCUGUCAUGUUUUGUUGUUGUUAUUUUUUUCUUUACGUAAUUAGUAAAGUGAAUACAAUCACUUACCUUUUACACGAUUAAAUAAUAAAUAGAAAUCACAUCGUUCGUGCUUAUUUAUAGAACAAUAUAGAUAUAGUUUAAUAAAUUAGAGUACAUGUUAUUUAAUAAAUAAUACAAAGGGGGCUAGGAUUUCUAGGAUUUAGUAUGUUGUUUUUUUUCAUUUGAGCAAAACAUGUGAUUUUUGAAGUAUUCUGAUGUAUAUUGUUAAAAAAAGAAAUGUUUGUAAAAUAGAUUACAAACGCUUGUAAUUCGUUAUGUUUCGUUAUGAGGUGAACUAUUUAUGUUUUACUUGAUACCAAUAUUUUAAUAUAUUUCAUACUAUUAUAUGGUUCAUCAGUCAAUUAAUUUUCUUUAUUUUAUAAUGAUAAUUAGGUAUAAGUUGUCUCUUUUCAUUUUACAUCCAUCUGUUUAGCAUUAUAUGGCUUGCACUGUAUAAUGAACUUAUUCAAACAUAAA